AUGCUUGAAAAAGUUGGCUUUCAAGAAACGAUCAUAGUUGUCCUAGACGAAGAUAAAUCGAAUAUCUUAAAUGCUUUAGAGAAAUGUCCUCUGAAAAUAAAAUAUGAAUUAUUAGUUAUACCCUCUGAAGAAGAUUGGGGCACAGCAAAUUCCCUAAAAAAUAUUAGCCACCGUGUAACUACAGACCUUGUGAUUGUAUCAGGAGAUCUUAUUACUAAUGUAAAUCUCAAUGAAGUACUAAAUUUGUACAGGAAACAUGAUGCUGCACUGGCAACCCUUUUUUUUAACAAUGGUCCUGAAGAGUGGAUAGAGCUGCCAGGGCUCCCAAACCAUGGAUAUGAAAGUAAAAUAAGAAAAAUGUCUGCAUACAAUGACCAUACACUUGGGAACAAAGCUGUUUAUUGUAAUGACCUUCUGCGUUGUUAUGCUCACAUACCGGACAAAACCACCUUUGGCAUCCGGGUUAACACUCUAUCCUCCUUUUGUUUAUCUAAUAAGAAGAUAAUGACCAAAUGGGAAGAGCUAACUGGAUUGCCUCUUACAGACAGAAUUCAUGCAAACAGUGAAGUAAAGACAAAGCAAAUUGAUGAAAUGUGCAUUGUUGGAGAGAAAACCUUAAUCAGUGAAAGAACUUCAAUAAAGAGUUCAUUCAUUGGUGCUAACUGCACUAUUGAGAAUAAAGUGAGAUUGACCAACUGCAUUUUGAUGAAUAAUGUUACAGUUAAAGAAGGAUGUGUGCUUCAAGAUUGCAUCGUGUACACUGGAGCAACUCUGAACACCGGCUGCUCAUUUCAGUAUUGCCUCAUUGGUCCCCACCAUCUAGUUCCUGCCUCCUCUUCAGGCGUACAUCAAUUGUAUGCUGAAACAACUGACAAUGUUAUAACACUUGGA